AUGGCGAUCCACGUCACCACCCUCACUGAGGAAGAUAUCCCUGGCGCCGUCCAGGCGGUUCAACAAGCUUUUGCUGGGGACCCGUACAACACGUGGGUCUACGACCAGUCCAAGUUCAGCCAGGAGAGGAAUUACCAGUCACUAGCCCUCCGGAUGCGAUGGGGGAUGCGUAAUGGCAUCUUCCACGUAGCUAAAGAGGAAGGAAAUGACAAAGUACUCGGUGUGGCAAUGUGGCUACCCCCUCAGCCAGCCGAUGCUCGAUCAACGUGGAAUGAUUGGCUCGAGGGGUGGCGCUUGUGGUUCGGGCAAGUGAACUACAACAUGUGGUACGGACGCGGUGGUUUGAAUGUCAAGAGAUACUACAUAUGGAAAGAGGCUCAAGCAAAAGCCCAAAAAGAACUCUGGACAGACCCCAGGGGCUACUAUUUCCUCAACAUCAUGGUUGUGCUCCCUGAGGCACAGGGUAAAGGCGUCGGCGCCAAGAUGAUGAAAAUGGUUACAGACCAAGCGGAUGCUGAAGAUAUGAAGUGCUAUCUUGAGUCAAGUAAGGACAUCCCCAACAUGGCUAUAUACGGACGAUGGGGCUUCAAGUUCCAGAAGGAAAUGAUUUGUGACGACGAUGGGGACGCCAUUAGACUGUUCACUAUGAUUCGUGAGCCACAUGCGGAGCCUAGCGAUGGAAGAUAG